GUCUCUGUAGUGACGAGUGCCAUCGUAACGGUGGUACGUGCACUCAGGAGCUUGGCAGCAACCGAUGGAACUGCCGCUGCAAGAAGGGACGGGACGGACCCAACUGUGAGGUGCAAGUCUACCAGAUAAGCCGAAGACUCCCUCACAGUCUCUGUACCACUACGGUACGAGCAUGGGUAGCACCAUACAUGGACCAGAACUCCGAGAUGACUUGUAUAGAAACUCUGGACCGCCCCCACUCAUCGCUGCACCGAUAUACAGGACUGCUGUGCCCAUGUCCAAGUCACAGAGUUCAAUGCCUGGUCAUUCAGGCCACCAGAGGGCGUUGGCGAUGUCAUAUGGGAGACCAGACUCGCCCGGUCGAACGUCAAGGUCGAUUGACGGUGAACGUGACUAUUCCAUAUCACACAUGUCAGCCACGGACCAUUACUAUGUCCGCAACGGUCACAUGACACCGGCUGGCAGACACGCUCAGGGCACACCAUCUAUACCACCACGCCGACCCAGGCAUUACUAAAUCUAACCUGCUCAAUUCACGAAUCACAGGCAGACUGAAUAUAUGUACCGUAAAAGGUGCUGCAAUCAAAUUAACCGUGAGGGACAUCUUGUUUAAGACUGCCUCACAGCAUCUCAAUGACUACAGUUGCACGCGUAACCAUGGACGUGAUUGUUUCUAUUAGUAAACUAGUACGAUAGCCUAUCAAUGUCAUCUUUCCUGUCAUAGAGAUGGAGCGUGGUUUGUGCCAAAGGCUGUACUAGUAGCGUCAUGGUGUGCAUUCGGUUGUAGAGCGUGGAAAUAAUACGAGGUCGUGAAUGGCAGCAAUUUGUAAUUCAUGACAAUGAUCUGUGUCGCAGAAUUCAUAUGAUAAAGUUGGUAAAAUGAUGACUGAAAGUAUGAUCAAAGUGAAAAAGGUUUCCACACACUUGCUUCUAUUCGGAGGCGAGUAAGACUUGUAUCACUAGUAUUGGGGAUAGAGAGAGUGCGCGUGAAUAAGAGAGAAGAGAGUAGACGGACGGGCGGACGGACGGACGGACGGACGGACGGAUAUACAGAGGCAGGAGAGAGUGAGAGAGAAAGACAAAGAGAGAGAGAGAGAUAGAGAAAGAGAGAGCGCGCGAGAGAGUAAAUGAGAGAGAUAAUAGAAAAAUAGAGCGACCGAGAGAUGACUGGACGGCAUACACAGGUGCUUCAAGCAUUUUCCUGCGUUCGUGAAUCAGAUGCUACUCCUUCUGUCCACGGCAGAGGUUCAGUUGUGUAUGUGAGCAAUCAAUGCAAUAUAAUGUACGUGAUGUGUGUAGAACACACGGGCAAUGAUUAAAUACCUAAUACCUCCUAUAAGGUGAAGAAGUUAGAAUGACAACGAUGUGAUUUGCAGGCUGUAUACACAGGUAGUCCAUAUAUAUAUAUAUAUAUAUAUAUAUAUAUAUGCUGGUUAUUAUUUCAUGUUAUGCUAGCAUAAGCUUGUGGUUUAAGUUCAUGCUGUUAAGUAUAGUAGGGUGUGAAUGAAUGCUCGUUUGUUUUCAUGCUCCACUAAUACGAGUGUUAUGUGUUCUGAUAUUAAACAACUGUAUUAUGAUAAG